AUGUUUCCUGCAACAGGAUUCGUCGCUUGCGCGGACCAAGAUAGGCCGUUCGGCGUUUUCUUAUCUGAUGGAUUCUUGGCCUGGCUCGCACAGCUUGGCCUGUUGGAGAGCCGCAAGCGUAGCGCCUUGCCUCGCCGGCAGCCCAAGGGGCUCCAGCUCCGGUGUUCGGUGGGCACUGGCGUCGCAGGGCCGAAGCUAUGCGCUGCACCUCAUCUCGAGAAAGCCAGCGAAAAUCGGCGGUUGACGACCGGUAUCCUUGGCCACACCAUUACCCCGGUGCCUCCCAUGCACGUCUCCACAGCAUCUACUGUGCGUGUCUGGGGAUCGAGUCCGGGCGAGUCAUUCUCCCGUCGUGGAGCGCGGCUGGCCACGGUUGAAGGGGCGGACGAUCGACCUGAUUUUGGGGCCAACUCUUGGCAGGUCCAGCAGGCGCAGGUGAAGGCAGGGACCUAGUCUACUCGAUCGGCAUGUCGGUCGCAGGAUUUCGAUAUGAUCGCACUCCCGUGGGCGGCAUUUGGCACGCUCGUGCCACCGGUCGCAACAUGCGAGGCAGAAUGGGGACGCCCGGGGGAUCUGUACAGCGUAGAUCUGCCAAGCUUGUAACCGAAUAGCGGACGGCGGGCCACGCCUUCUUGUCCAUGCCAUGGAUUCGGACCAUGUGGGCAGCAAGGACAUUGAGCAGAUUACCGACAUCUCAAAUUAACAUGAUCGGCUGGCAUGAGGUUGUGCCGUGAUGAUGGUCGGCCAUGGACAAGGGAAUGGAA